UGAGAAGUGGAGACUAGUCAAAUAACUUUACAAGAGUCAAUAAUUAAUAAAAAAAAAUAUUUUUUUAAAAUUAUUAAUUAGGACACGAAAAAAAAUUUUUUAUAAAAAAAUAAAUAAAAUAAAAUUAUGUCACAUCUUUUAUGAUAACUACUGACAAAAAUCUGCAAUAGUGUUUCAAAGGUGUGAAAUUUUAACGUGAUAAAAGACACAAAGUGCCAAAACUGAAUAAAUAAUUAAUUAAAUAAAAAAAUAAAAUAAAAUACAAAAAUGGAAAAUGUUACAUUUACCGAUUUCUCCGUGGCAACCGACUUCGUGAGGGAUGCCAUGGACGAAUUUUACACAACAAAAAAUUACACGGGACUAGUUGAGAGAUACUGGAUGAUAAUUGAAGAACAAAUCGGAGAUCCAAGAACAAAAAAUUAUCCAAUGAUGGAUACGCCAAUUCCAACAAUUACAUUAGUGAUAAGUUACUUAGCGUGGGUGUUAGUUAUAGGUCCAAUGUAUAUGCGAGACAGAAAGCCAGUGAAUCUAAAGAAUACUCUUAUUGUUUAUAAUGCUGGUCAAGUGCUCCUCAGUGCCUACAUGUUCUAUGAGCACUUGAUGUCUGGAUGGGCCCGAGGCUACAGCUACACAUGUCAACCUGUCGAUUAUUCCGAUAGUCCAUUAUCGCGAAGAAUGCUCAACUUGUGCUACGUUUAUUAUUUUUCCAAAUUAUCCGAAUUCGCUGACACAAUCUUCUUCGUGCUGAGAAAGAAAAAGUCACAAAUCACCUGGCUGCAUUUGUACCAUCACUCGCUCACUCCGCUCGAGGCGUGGAUUUUAGUUAAAUUCAUUCCAGGAGGCAACGCCACAUUCCCCAACAUCUUAAACAACUUUGUGCAUGUUCUAAUGUACUUCUACUACAUGUUAUCUGCCAUGGGUCCACAAUACCAAAAAUUCUUGUGGUGGAAAAAAUAUAUGACUGAACUCCAAAUUGCUCAAUUCAUUCUCUGCAUCAUCCACUGUAUUCGUGCCUUGUCUGUCGAAUGCGAAUUCCCGCGCUUCCUCACGGGACUCUUGUUGCUCAACGCCUCGAUCUUCUUCGUGCUCUUCAUGAACUUUUACGUACAAAACUACAAGAAACAACAAGCAGUUGCGGUGCAACAAAAACUUCUCGCCUUGGAGUCGUCAAAAGCGGCAGCGCAGCUCAAAGCGACCGCCUCAUUCAUCGCGAAGAAAGUUAAUUAGGAAAAUCGGGGACUUUUUUUUUAAAUUAAAUAUAAUUAUUAUUUGUAAUGUGUAUUUAUAUAAAAAAUAUGUUUUAAUUUAUAUUUUAUUUAAAAUGGAAAAUAAAAGCGAUAUUCGUAAUUUAUUUACUUUAAAUAAAUAUUU